GGAAGCUUGGUCAUUGGGCGCACGCAGAGCAGAAGCGAGCUUGCGCGAGAAGGAGGCAACGGGGGCAGGCGAGGAGCAAGAAAGUGAGAGCGGAAGAGCGAGAGAGCGGCUGGGCUGCCCGACUGGCCCGUGCGCGCAGCGCCAGCACUCUACCUAGCGCCAAAUCGACCGAUCCUCGGCCGCGAGCGAGCCCUGCUGCUGUUCGCUGAGCCGGGAAUCCGUCGCUCGGGACGAGUAACCGCGGGGCACGUGCUUCACGAAAAACAGUGAAAUCGCGAUGUGAGUUUGCAGUUGGUGCCGCGGAGUAUAAAGUUUCAUUUUUUUUCUUUUAUUUUGGUCGUUGGUGUGUUGUGCGAGUUGCGACGAGCGAAAACAGAACGGUUGGCCAAGUAAACAAGCAAGAAAUAGCAUAGCCCAAGGGAGUCGCAGCUCCGCAUCAGAGGAAAGAUGCUGAGCCCGAACGCCGAGUACAGAGUAGGAGGGCAAUGGGGACCAGUGCUGCUGCUAAUGCUCUUACUGAGCUUCUCGCAGUUGAUGCAGCCGAGCGAGGCGCAAUGCGGCCCGCUUUCCGCUGAUCAGACCAGGCAGUCCAAGUUGGCCAUGUACAAGGUGACCCUACGAACGUACUGGUCGAGAGCCCGCUUUCCCAGACACUACCCCGAGUGGAGGCCACCUGCGCAGUUCGGCAAAUUAGUUGGUCGAACGCACGACGCGAGCUACGUGCUGUACCGUCUGAGCCAGCGGCUGUCUGCGGGGGCACGCCAGUACGUGGAAACUGGCAGGACAGACGGCCUCGACACCGGAGCCGACUUCCCAAACACGCUACACGCGUUCACGGGGCCGGCGGUGCCGCAGGGCGAGGGCGUCAGCACCGCCAGAGCCUUCCUCGACGCCAACCACACCCUCGUCAGCGUCUUCGCCAGGAUCAAUCCCAGUCCCGACUGGUUCGUCGGGCUCGAUUCCUUCGAGCUGUGCGUCGAGGGCAACUGGGUUGACACCGUCACUGUGGAGCUGGAUCCGCUGGACGGAGGCACGGACAACGGGUUCACAUUCACCGCGGCAAAUUGGCCGACGCAGCCCCAAGGAAUCGCCUACAGGAUCACGUCGCGCUAUCCCGCCCAUCCCGCCGGCAGCUUCUACUACCCGAAUCUGGCCCGUCUGCCACCCAUCGCCACGCUCACCUUCACCAAGCUUCGAGAGUACAGCCUGACGGAGACGUACCACGAAGACGACGUGGAAAUGGAAUUCGUGAGCAGCGAGAAUCAACUGUCGAAGGGCUUCGGGAUUGCAGCGCCGACCCCUCGGGCAAUCGAUCCCAACCAAGACCUGAACGAGGCCAUAGCCGAGGAGCGCCGGGAGAUGGAUACCCAGAGAUACAGGUACUGGACUCCAAAUAAUGGUCGGGAGCAACAGCAGCUGCAACAAACGAUCGCCGGCCGAGACAACAAAGCCGCGAUAAUCGACAGCAUCGCCUCUUCCUACGGGAGUAUCCAGCAGCAGCGCUAUCGAGCCUCGACGGCCCAGCCGCUCAAGUCGACGAUGGCGCUGGGCACGACGAUCGCGACGACCACGACGCCGAGGCCGACUAUGCGAGUCCACCUCGCCUACCCGUUCGCCGACAGCUCGAAGCAGAGCUGGCCGUACUACCAGGCGAGCCGAGCGAGUGCCGAGGCUCAGAAGGCGCAGAUCUUCGAGGACAUCCAGCGAAAAAUCGUCAGCGGUAACGCGCCGACCACCAGCAGCCUAGGGCAGCCCGCCUGGAGAAAUAUCACUGGCAACUCGCUCGAGCACCAGCGCAGGUACCGCGCCAAGCAGCAUCGGCUCUACUCCAAAGGGAAGCGCCCUCGGACUCGGCUACCGAGGGACUGUAAGGUCGGUGACUGGGGAGCCUGGAGCGCGUGCAGUAGGAGCUGCGGAGUCGGUGAGACCCAGAGGACGCGGCGCGUCCUGAUCAAGCCACGCCGACGCGGACACUCGUGCCCGCCCCUCAAGGAGACCAAGUGGUGCGGCAGCAUCAAACCCUGUCCCGAGAACGCCAGCCUCGUCGUCGACUCCUACGAGCAGCACUGGUAGCCGCAUCUAGCUUCGAGUCUAGCAGCAUCUGCCGUCCUGCGACAGCCAUCUCUACGCUCGCCGGCACUCCGAUAACCCAGCAUGCCACUCUUCCCAACGAUUCUUUGCGUGUUAGCCUGCAUUUCUACGACUGCCUCGCACUGUCUCCUUUGCAUUUAUCAAUCCGUUCUUUCAAUGGUUUUUUAUGUUUCACUCGGCUCGCAGAGCAGCCACCGAGACGUACCAAAGACAACGCCAAAUUUAUUUUUAGAAGAAAUCGCGACCAAUCUAUCAUAGCACUGACUUAUUGCCAAAUAUGCUCUUCUUUAAUCCUAAUCUUUUUCAAUAUUAUCCAAAUAAUUAUCCUAGAUUUACUUAUUAUUUCAAAAUAAACCUACAUAUCGUAUCUUCUAGUCUAAUUCUGCGACACUUUCCCGAGCCUUAGACUCAUGAUUUUCUUACGUGAAUUAACUCGGCGAUGGUAUUCGAGCACAAUGAUUGUUGUUGGCUGAACGUGGUGUCAGUUCUCGAGGACAACAGACAAAUCAACUUGGUACUCAGUUUUCCGACACUUGCAAAUCAAUGUAAUGAUUGUCGAAAGUAACAGACAACUAUAUACAUAUACACACAUUAUACAUACAUACAUACAUACAUACUUAUACAUAUAUCUAUAUAUGUAUAUAUAUACACACAUAUAUCUUUAUUAAACUUUUAAAUUUACAACGUGUUAACGUUUUUAUUGCACUGUAUAAAAUUCCAACUUUUGUAUCUAAAAAUACAAGAUAACAUAAAAAAAAAGUUGUAGCCCUGUAGAAGAAUUAAAGUGUUUGAAUGUCAAGUGCUGACACUGCCUUUAGAGUAAUCUGUGGUGACUAGUAAGAGCGGUUCCAUCAAGCUGCGAGUGCAAAUAAAUGUAUGGCCGUGAGGAAAAGCGUAAACUAAAAAAUAGAGGCGAGGGUUGAGCGCUCGGUAAAGGUGAAAGCGAGUGGAAUGAGCUGAGGUGCAGAGAGCGCUUGGCGCUUGGCUCUUCCCUUUCUUCCCUUCUUUUUUUCUUUUCUGUCGUCGAAAUUAUCGAGGCCCGGCACGUCUUCAAGAUAUAUCGGUUGAUGGAGGAAGCUUCGCUUUCGCUUGGACUCGCAGAAAAUCCACGAGAAAGAUAAAGCAAGAGAGAGAAGCGCGCGGCUCGAGCUCCGUCCAAUGAGAACGCGACUGUCACUACUUAGCGCAGUGGAGAGCUGCCCAAGACAAAUUAAUCGAGCUCCAAUCCUCUUCCCUUCAAAUGCUACAUCGAGUGAGUCACCUUGUAGCCAAUGUGAGACAAUAUAAAUGUUGGAUCUCGUUGAAAUCUCUGUUUUUUCGACGGCGAAAUUUGAGACAAGCGUAGACCAAGUAACGCUGUUCGUAAAUUAAGCAAUUGAAUAGAACGGAAUAGAAUGCCAAUAUUUCAUGGUAUUCCACUCGAUUUUCCAUCGUAGAGAGGAGAAUCCGAUUGCGCGAUGGACUCUCUGCCUGUUGGGCUUUCUAUUCGGUUCGGGAUUAGAAUACAUUCGUUGUGUGGCAAUUCAUCGUGCCGCCCCCUCUCGGCCCCUCUUGGCCCCUCUCGGCCCCUCUCGGCCCCGCUCGGCCCCGCUCGGCCCUGCUCGGCCCCGCUCACUCCCGGGCUUGAAUGCUUUGCGAACGAAGGGCUUUUUGCGAGACUGGCUUUGCAUACAUACGAGUGCUGAACGCAGCCGCUGCGUGCCAAUGAAUAUCACGCACACGCACAUCUAUACGUACACACGCUCCAGCUCUGCGAGUCUUUUCUCGUGUGAUCUAGCACGCACUGCGCUACUUGAUCUUUUUGUAGAACGUGCAAAAGUGCGAAUGAACCCGUAGAAGAAAUCACCAACAAUUAAAACAUUGCCGCUACACAGUGAACACUUUGGCGACAAAUUUUAUCUUUUCAACGUGGCAUAUUAUUUCAUGGAUUAUUUCAAUUAUGAAUUGCUUAAUAGCUUGUAAUUAUAUCAUCAAACUAAUCUAUCUAGCUAUUCAUUCAAACUUUACCAAGCUGCACCUUUUCCUUCACAUUUUUUUACUUCGUCGAGUAAGUUCAUUUUCCAAUGUUCUCGCAAUUUUAAUUAUUCUUGAAAAUAACUUUUUCUACGUUAGUCGUUCAAUAUCUUGAUGCAAUAUGCGUGCAUAAUCAAGUUUUUAAAAUGUAUAUGUUACCCAUUGACUUUACGACCUAAGUCUUUUAAGAAAUUAAAAAUCGAAAUUGCAAAAAUUUACUUUUAAAUUACAAUAGAUAACGUAAAGCUUUGUAUUUAAUAUAACUUUUACGAGUUGGCUAAUUUUAGUACAAAAGGCAAGUUUUGCCAAAAUAUAAAUAAUUUUUUUAAUAAUGAAUUAUGCUGAAUUAUUCAAAUUAUAUAUUACAACUAUUUACUUCGCAUAACACAAGAAUAAACCAAUCUGAACGUAACUCUGAUCUAAAACGCUAAUUAUUAUAUAAAUUAUAUGAAGGUGUGACAACUAUUUAAAAUCUAUGUCCAGUGUCGGAAUACUUGAUCCAAAUUUGACAGUCAAAUAUCUAUUUAUUUAUCAAAACUACGCAAAAAUAUUUUCUUUUACAUAAUUUAAAAAGUAUACUUUAAGAAUAAAUACGAAGUUAAGAUAAAUAUUGUAUUUAGGAAAUCAAAAACCUACGGCUAUUUUGUUGAUAUUUUUAUAUUUUUUUCUUAAUAAUUAACAAAUUAAGAUUUAUUGUAAAAGUAUUGCAUAAUUUCUGAAAAAAUACAUUAAUAUCAUUAUAACUUUUAAAGAGUUAGCGAUAAAUUUUCAGAUAGUUAUUAGUCAUAUUUGAUUGUUUAAUAAAUUUUCUUCGAAAGUCACACUAAAAUUUUUAAAUUGAUAGUACUAUUUAGAAUACUGAAUUUUAAAUUAAAAGAAAUAUUUAUAUUGACACACACAUUAUUUUCCAUAGAAUAAAAAAACGUCAAUUGUAUAAAAGUCUAUUAUUAAAUUGUCGAAUUACGACAAAUAGACACAUAUAUAAAGAAAAGUUUCUAUCUGCUAAAAAAAUUAAAAAAAAAACUUUAAUGGAGGAAACGUAAUAUCGACAUGUAAAAAAAAACGAUUUUUCAUGUUUUCACUUCGUUAGCGAGGUUCUUCGUUUUAAAUGAACUGAUGAACUUGAGUAACAUUUUUCAAAAUUAUUGGAACACAAAGAAUGUAAAAACUUGUAAAUGUUUUAUGAAAGAAAAAACUUUUUCAAACAUUAGAACAUUAACUAUUACAGUACUGGAGCUCUUUAAUAAGGAAACCUAAAUUGAACAACAAUAACCUAAAUUUAAUUAAGCAUAUUAUGAUCAAAAAAUAUGGUAAUAUAUCAUGCUCCAUAUUAAAAUAUUGCUACUACAAUAGGACAAUCUAAAUCUUAAAGAAUGUAUUUCCAAAUGGAAACUUGCGAUACUUGUUGUUCAAUGUAAAUGUAAAGUAAAUGUGACAAAGUCCAUGUGAAUGACAGCUAUACGUCGUGCAUGUAAGUGCAACUGAAAUGACGUUAUGAACAAGCCAAAAUUUUCUUUUAUUUUUACUUAUUAUAUGUUAGAGUAAAUUGAAAUGUAAUAUAAUUGAAGCGAUAGAGUAAUUUGAAUAUAAGUUGACUCGAUAAAUGAUAACCUGAAGUUUAUUCUCAUAGUCGUAAGUGUAUAUAUGCGAUACACAUUGGUUUUUUUCACAUUUAACUACAUCUACAUAUAUGUAUAUCACUUAUCAAAAUGUGUUUAAUAACCCAAUUGGAUGUAAUGUAUACAUGACUUAAAUUUGUCAGAUCACCAUUUGGUAAUACACGCAGAACCAAAAUUAUUCGAGCAAUCAUUUAUAAUUGUUAAUUUUUCCUUGCAGUAAAUUUAAAAUUAAAUUGCUAUUUUUAUUUCCGAAUGAUAAAUAUAUUUGAAAGUUUUUAAAUGAGUUUGUAAUAAAUACUUAUCUAACAUAAGUUUUUAGCUUUUAUGAGUGCACUCGCAAAAUGUUAAUGGAAACAAUUGAUAGCUUUUUUCAACAGUUUUCCACGCCUGAUAACGUGUGGAAGGCAUAUCGUUGAAAUUAUUUUGAAAACAUAUCAUUCGAUCUCUGAAAAGUGCUUCUAUAGUUUUCAAGACUGCUCACAUUCGUCGCAAUUGUGCACUGAUAAAACUGCAGACGGAACAUUAAACGUUUUAGAAUUAGUUCGAAUAAUAUGCCUUCCACCAAAGCUCUUAUAGAGCCCUCAAGAAAAUAAAGCUAAAUUGCUAGACUAAAGUCAAAGAAUUAUGUGAAUAAACUUAUAUAUGUACAACAUUAGUCCUGGGUUGCCUCUCUUUCAUAAUAAAAAUCCAUAUGGCAAAAAAUAAUGUUGGAUAUAUGUGAUUGUAUAGUACGUGUGUUCGAUAUGAAAUGCGUCAAGCAGUGGAUAACAAACAAUAUAGCUGCAUGUCACAUUAUACAGGCUUUUUCUACAUUUUGUGCAACAUUUGUCAUCAUAAACUAUCACUGCAAUUUUGACCUCAAAACUGUCCUGAGUACAGCAUAAAUUUAUUAAUGUGCAUGUUGUCAAAGUAAUAAUUGAUUAUUAUUAAAAUGACACUAUGCCCUUUAUAUUGUCAUUAAAUACAUUUACAUUGCCUAGAAACUUAAUUUCAUUCAACUUCAUUUUUCUGCCAUUAAAUUUCGAACUAAAAACAUAAUUUAUAACUCAUAAGUUUCUGAAGAUAUUUUUAUAAUUAUAUUCACUGUAAUGUCGAAAUUCGUCAUUAAGAAAGUCUCUAACAACUCGUUGAUUGUGUUAUCAUUACAAAACAUCAGGUGUGCAUUAAUGAUUAACAUAGUUAUAAAUAAUUUACUCAAUGAAAAUAAAAAACAAAACAUUCACUCGAGUGUAAAUCUUCUCCACGUAUCGACGUAUUGACGUUGAUUUUGUUAAAUAUCAUUAUAAUACACAGUUGUUUGAUACUCUGAAAUGAGUCUAAUUUCAAGCUAACAAAGAAUGUAACAAUGAUGAUGGAAGAUGUACAAGGCACUGUGCAUUUUAGCUUUUAAGAUAUUAGUGAUUAGGUUUAGAGUUAAGCAGCAACGUGUAGUGGUGUAUAAUAUAAGUUUAUAUUACAUAAUAAAAUCUGUCAA